AUGAAACACCUUAUCCUCUUCUUAGCAAGCCUCUACUGUGCAGUAACAGCAGCAGCAAUCACCACCAUAACCGCUGACGACAACAGCGUGUACACCGUCAUCGGAGAUCCACUUCUAGCCGGCCAAGAUUACUACGUCGUACCAUAUAACUAUGGCGACGUAGGUGGCGGCUUAACAUGGAAACUCAAACAAGAAUUACUAGCCAUAUGUCCUCAUUAUUACGUACUUCAAGUAGAAGAUAACCUGAACUUUGGUGAACCAACAGCUUUUUUCCCUUCAAACUCGAGACAGAAUCAGAUCACUCUCUCCAACAAACUUAACAUACUUUUCAGCAAAGUCUCCCCACCGGCUAGCCCACCGUUCGUGUGCCCGGCAUCGUCAAAUGUAUGGAAAGUCGUUGCUGAUGAUUCAACCGGUAUCGUCUAUGUCGAGCUCGGCGGUAGAAAGGGAAGAUCAAGAGAUACAAACAGUUGGUUCACUAUAGAAGAGCUUGAUGAAGGUGGUUACCAGAUUAAGUAUUGUGAUUCUACAAAGAGGAAAACAGCGUCAGUGUGUGGAGGUUUAGGUAUUGUUUCUCUUAAUGGUGGACGUUAUUUGGGUGUCAACGCUACUAAUCCUGUUGCGUUUGCUUUCGAGACCCAGCAGAUUUUCGUCAAGACUGCUUAG